AUGGUGGUGAGGGUGAUGAGGUGUACUAGUGUGAUGGUUGUGGUGGUGUUGUCACUGCUGCUUUUAAUUGCUUGUCGAAAGGGAGGAACCAGUAUCGAAGACCUUGCGGAGAAAUUCCCUGACAUGAUUAUAAAGGUCCCUAUUGAUGUUUUCAAGGGGAUUACAGAUGAAGAUGCUCCCAAGGUUGUAGAUGGAUUGGCUCCCACAGUGGCUAACAAAAAUGUCUCAAUAGAACAAGUGAAGAAGUUAUACAAACUUUUCUGUGAAUGUGACUGUACACUGUUGGAAAUCAAUCCAAUUGCAGAAACUUCUGAUAAACAGUUGGUAGCUGCUGAUGCAAAGCUGAACUUUGAUGAUAAUGCUGCUUUCCGACAAAAGGAGAUAUUUGCUUUUCAUGAUCCUAUGCAGGAGGAUCUGAUAAGGAAGAGUGGAGCAGCGUUCGAUAGCUUGCUCAGAUCUGGCACAUUGGCGGCCGUAAACGCCUCAUCUGAUGGCGCAAACACCGUCACCUUGCCGCCUUUCAAGUCGGUUGCUGCCGCAAAAGCAGAUUUGAAUUAUAUUGGCCUAGAUGGAGAAAUUGGUUGCAUGGUGAACGGUGCUGGAUUGGCAAUGGCUACAAUGGAUAUAAUUAAGUUGCAUGGGGGAACUCCGGCCAAUUUUUUAGAUGUUGGUGGGAAUGCUUCAGAAGGCCAGGUUGUGGAGGCUUUCAAAAUUUUGACUUCCGAUGAGAAGGUGAAAGCAAUUAUGGUGAACAUAUUUGGAGGAAUAAUGAAAUGUGACGUAAUAGCAAGUGGAAUUGUCAAUGCUGCAAAACAUGUGAGUUUUUGCAUCUGACCGAUUCAGGUUAUAUUCAUGACAAUUGCGCGAUCUUUUAACUACUUCCCUGUUUUUGC